CUUGAAGCAAGAAGGGAGCCACUCUGAUUAGAUGGCUUUUUUGAAAGAUAAACCUACUAUAUUAAGCAUGUUUGAAAAGCUACCUUGGCACAGCGUCACCCAGACAAAUAUCAAAGUAUAUGGAUAGUUCCAGCUUGGCGGUCGAAAAAUAGGCGUCGGAAUCUUUAAUCCAGGAUUCGGAAUUUGGGGUUUGUCUCGGAGUUCGACGCACUCCACCAUCAGAGUAGGCCCAGCGUGUGCAUGUCUCGUGCAUUGCCAUGGGCGAAUCUUUAGCCGGCCACCCUUCUCCACUUUCACCAAUCACCCCGUUACCCUUUCAAACAGUCAUAAUCAUCGAAUGACCAUAUAAUUUCUUUUUCAUCUCCGUUACGUCUCUGAAAAUACCUCGUUUAUAAUGGAGGUCUAAAGAUGGGGUAUAAAUAUGAGACGGUUUAUCUACUUGCUAGGAAUCGGCGAUUUGCUAAGACUCUAAGCGUGUAAAACAUAAACUCCAUGCCUUCUACACACGAAUUGAGCACUCCUACCUCCGAUGCCGUGCCUUCGCAGGGCCCCAAACUCGAUUCUGUCACCAUUAAAAGGUACAUCAAGACCAGAUUCACGGAGCUAUUACCCACCCGUGCUGAAUGGGACGCCAACAAACACAAUAUCAACCCUUUCAGUCCCUUAUCCCAGCUUACCAGAAAGAACUGGGCCUUCUUUGGAGUGGCUAUCUGUGCGUGGACGUGGGAUGCGUUUGAUUUCUUUGCCGUGUCUUUGAAUGCGAGCAAGAUUGCCGCAUCGUUAGAUGUCACUGUAAAGGAUAUUACCUGGGGUAUCACGCUCGUUCUUAUGCUCAGAUCUGUGGGCUCUAUUGGGUUUGGUAUCUGGGGUGAUAGAUGUGGUAACAAGUACCCCUUGAUUACCUGCUUGGUUUUGUUGAUUAUUAUCCAAAUCGGUACUGGUUUCAUCAACAGCUAUGCACAGUUUUUGGGAGUUAGAGCGAUAUUUGGGAUUGCGAUGGGGGGUAUUUACGGCAAUGCUGCCAGUUGUGCCCUUGAUGACUGUCCUGUAGAUGCCAGAGGUAUCAUUUCGGGUAUGUUUCAGGAAGCGUACGCGUUGGGGUAUCUCUUGGCUGUGGUUUUCCAAAGAGCCAUUGUGGACAACUCGCCAAAGGGGUGGAGAGCCAUUUUUUGGUUUAGUGCGGGUCCGCCGGUGCUAUUUAUUGCCUGGAGGUUAUCUCUCCCCCAGACUGACGCAUUUAUCAGAAAGAUGGAGGUUGAGGAUGGCGAAGGCGUGGAAGGGUCCAAGUUUUGGAAGAAUGCAAAGGAGUCGCUUAGAACCCAGUGGUUGAUGUUUGUUUAUUUGGUGUUGUUGAUGGCGGGGUUCAACUUUAGCUCCCACGGCUCCCAGGACUUGUAUCCUACGUUAUUAAGCAAGCAGCUUAACUACGGUGAAGAUCGUUCCACCGUCACAAACUCGGUGGCCAAUUUUGGUGCCAUCGCCGGUGGUGUGGUUGUCGGCCAUGCUUCCACUUUCGUAGGCCGCCGUUUCGCCAUCAUGCUUUCCUGCGUUUUGGGCGGUGCCAUGAUCUACCCAUGGGCCUUUGUCCGCAAUUCCGGCAUCAACGCUGGGGCGUUCUUCUUGCAGUUUUUUGUGCAGGGGGCCUGGGGUGUGGUUCCAGCUCAUAUUUCCUCCUUGGCCGACCCUAAAUGGAGAUCUUUUAUUGUGGGCACUUCCUAUCAGUUGGGUAACUUGGCCUCUUCCGCUUCUUCCACCAUCGAAGCAACGAUCGGUGAAAAGUUUCCGUUGUUCGACUCCAAUGGGCAGCAAAUUGUUGGUGCCUUCAACUACUCCAAGGUAAUGGCCAUUUUCAUGGGAUGCGUUUUCGCAUUCCUCUUACUUGUUACCUUUAUCGGGCCGGAGGUCAAGGAAAGUGCCGUCAUUGCGCAUAUGAGAGCCCAAGAUAGCGAGUCCAUUAUCAGCUACCAGGAUAAACCAUUGGAAGAACAGGUGAAGAUAGUUGGUGACGAAGAGAACCAACAAGGUGCUAUUCAAAAGUAGAAAUGAGGUUAAAUAUACAAUAAUAUAGAUUAUUAUUAAGG